AUGUCGCAGGUCAAAACAGAUUUUACGUUUAAUGUCUCAUUCGAUGAAUAUACUACUGCCGUUAACGCCGUCAAGUCUAUACAAGAAGAUAAUGAAUCUGUCCACACGGAUCCUAACCUCCCUCGUGCUAAAGAUUUCUUCUCAACUGAUGAGAUCGGUCGUUUGAUGAGUAUGACAAGAAGUGCUAUUCAAGAAGAGAGGGAAUAUAUCAGUAAAUCAGCGGAAUCUUUCUUAGAGGCAUUAUUACUAUCGGAAAUCAUUAGCCUUCAACUUCUUGCAAAGGAAUGUGGUGCACGAGGAGUUGCUGGUAUACACGAUCUUCUACAAAAAUCUGCUGAUAAAAUGCAGGAUGCUGAAGACAGGAAAAUAGUGAAAAUAAUUUUCAUGUUAUCACUUUUUUCAGAUGCUACGGAAAGAAGGUGA